AUAGGAAAAGAGGAAAGUCAAGAAGGGUGGUUAACCUUUCUCUCACAUAAGGAAGGGAAGCGUAUCAGUUUAUUGCGGGUUCGAGUGCUGAAGGAGAGAGUGAGAGAGAGGAGAGAGAGUGGAACAGGUGGACAACUCUAUUUGCUAUCUUUUAUAAUACUUCAGUGGUUGGGUAAACCAAACCCUGUUCCUAAAAAAGAAAGUAGCAGGUCUACCCACAUUUUGCCCCCAACUUUUUCUUCUUCGCUGAUGCUUAAACUUUAAUGAGCCUGGUUCAGUUGCUCCUCUGAAAACUCCUGGUUUGAGAGAGAAACUUGUUUGUAACCAGAAAGUUAGUAAGAGAAAGAAGAACACUCGUUGCCAUACUAAUUACCAGUCAAUGGGAUGGGGAAGGUGGGGAAUUCAGUGAGUGAUUGCACAUAGAGAGAGAGAGAGAGAGAGAGAGAGAGAGAGAGAGAGAGAGAGAGAGAGAAAAAGCUAUUUGUUCUAGAGUGAGAAAGAGUCUAUGGCCAGUUUGUUGUUAAUAUUCCUGUUCCAGUUUCUAGUUGUGGUGGUGAAUAAUGGGUUUCUUGGUCUAGGAUUGAAUUCUGAUGGGGUACUUUUGCUUUCAUUGAAAUAUUCAGUGAUGAGUGACCCUCUAUCGUCCUUAGAGAGCUGGAAUUACAGUGAUUCCACCCCUUGUUCAUGGAAUGGGAUCACCUGCUCAGUCAUUCAGGCCCAAAACAAUGAGCUCAGGGUCACAAGCUUGGUUCUACAGGGAAACCAGCUCCUGGGCUCGAUCCCACUCGAGCUUGGCUACAUAGACCACCUCCGCCUUCUUGACCUCUCUAACAACCUCUUCAAUGGCACCAUUCCCCUCUCUCUCUUCUCCUCAACUGAGCUUGAAACUCUCUCCCUAGCCAAUAACAAACUCUUUGGAAAGCUUCCAGCCAAUAUCACCGGAAAUUUCACCCAUCUCCGCAAUCUCAACCUCUCUUUUAAUGCACUGUCUGGGGAGAUUCCUUCCAGUCUAGCCCAGGCACCGGAGCUCAUAUCUCUCUCCCUUAGCAACAACUUCUUCUCUGGCAGUUUACCCAGUGGGUUUGGCUCCAAUUCUUCAAUGCCUACUGAAGUGUUGGAUUUUUCUUCGAAUUUGUUGAAUGGGUCCUUGCCUGAAGACCUGGGUGGCAAUAUCCAGUACCUGAACCUUUCAUUGAACCGGUUUUCCGGUGAGAUUCCAGCAAGUUUGGGAUCAAAGUUGCUGGAAAAUGCCACAUUGGAUUUGUCUAACAAUAAUUUUACUGGUUCAGUACCGGAUUCUGGUGCCUUUGUGGUGCAAAAGCCAGAAUCUUUUUCUGGAAAUCCGGGCCUUUGCGGUAGGCCAUUGAAGAUUCUCUGUUAUGCACCUGCAACUCUCUCUGAUCCACCCCCCAAUUCAACAACUUCACCACCUGCCAUUGCUGCAAUUCCUAACACUCUUGGGGCUCAGGCUCCUGUUGCAACCACUGUAACCAACAAAAAUGGCUCAACAGUUGUGACUAGAAACCAGAGCAAUAACAAAGGGCUGAAACCAGGCGCCAUUGCCGCAAUUGUGGUUGGAGAUUUCGCAGGUCUUGGGCUUCUGGCCAUGGUGAUCCUUUACAAAUACCAGGUCAAGAAGAAAAACCGAAAGGGUGAAGUUAAAAAUGGGGAAAAGAUGAGGAAACAGAGCAUCGAACAGGGGGGUCUUAAAGUGGACUCCACUUUGCAAGACGGAGGACAUUUAUCGAGUUGGUAUUGUUUAAGAACAGGAGGAAAUGAUCGAGAAGACAACACUUCUGAAUCGACUACUGGGUCCUCUGACACUGAGGAUGAAGAGCAGAAGAAGCGAGAAGGGGGGGGGAAGCUGGUAACUGUAGAUGGAGAUACGGAACUUGAAUUAGAGAGGCUUUUGAAGGCUUCCGCAUAUAUAUUAGGGGCGAGUGGGUCGAGCAUUGUAUACAAGGCAGUGCUCGAAGAUGGAAGCAUGCUUGCAGUGAGAAGGAUAGGGGAGUGUGGAGUGGAUAAGAUGAAGGAUUUUGAAGGGCAGGUGAGGAUCAUUGCUAAGGCAAGGCACCCCAACUUGGUUCAGCUUCGUGGGUUCUACUGGGGACCUGAUGAGAAACUUUUGAUAUAUGAUUAUGUUCCUAACGGAAGCCUCUCCAGCGCCUUCUAUGGGAAAAUGGGUGGUUCUUCUUCUCCAUUUCAUCUUCCAUGGGAAGCACGACUAAUGAUCGGCAAGGGUGUGGCCAGAGGACUCGCAUACCUUCAUGAAAAGAAAUACGUCCAUGGAAACCUAAAACCAAGCAACAUUCUCUUAGGCCAAGACCUAGAGCCAUGCAUAAGUGAUUUCGGGUUGGACAGGCUAGUGGCCAAUAACCAAGGCAAAGCAAGCAGCUCAGCUGCCCUCCACUUUGGUAGCCAGCGUUCCACCCUCUCAAAAGACAGCCUUCAAUCUCCCGUUGCCGCCCCUGACUUGCUCAUGAGUGGGAGCCCUGGUUCUUCGAGGAACUUCAUAUCUCCUUAUCAGGCCCCUGAGACCUUAAAGACACUGAAGCCCACACAAAAAUGGGAUGUCUAUUCUUAUGGCAUUGUGUUUCUUGAGUUGAUCACAGGUAAGCCUCCUUCGGAGAAGGACUUUAACCACUGGAAUGCGAGGGUUUUGGAGGAGAAAGGUAGGGCCCUUUGGGCCAUGGACCCUGCAUUGCGGAGUGAGCUACAAGGAAAGGAGGAAGCUGUGAUGCUCUGCCUUAGAAUUGGGUUCUGUUGUGCUGCUUCGGUUCCACAAAAGCGACCUGCCAUGAAAGAAGUUCUUCAAUCUCUGGAGAAGAUCCCUUCUUUGCCUGCCACUACUCAUUAAGCUUAGUGGGAUCUAGUGAAUUGAGUAACUCACAAGAGCUAACGACAUUCCGAUACUUCACACUGAUCACAAUGGCUAACUGCUGACUUAUGUUGUUGUUUGGGCAUGUUGUGCGUGUUUGGGGUGUCUGGUUUUCUUUCUUCCAUUUGUUCCAUUGAUAAAGAUGCAGAGGAAAAUUUUUAACUCAAAUAUCGUAACUCACUGAAGGCUGGGUUAAGAUUAAGAAUGGAAGGAGAGUUGAUGUAAUUAUUUAGGUGUGAUGCUGUGGUUUGCAUUCUUCUCUUAUUGUCAUGUGAACAUGGCUUGGUAACGUCCUGAACUUGUGAAACUAGGGAAGUACUCUCGAUUAGACAGACUUCCCUGCUCAAUUUAAUAAUGAGCUGUAUUGUAAAGUAAAAGGACCGCCCUACUCCUCUUUGAUCACGAAACAAUUGCGUAAUCUGUUCUUCAGGAUGCAAUUGCAUCUCGUGGCUACCAUUAUUGAGAUGGUUAUGUUAAGAGUGUGUUCACUUUUCUUUAGUAUUUUUGCAUAUAUAGGGAAGUUUAUGAAUAUAUGUAUUUAUGAGAGAGAGAGGUUUUAUGAAUAAGAUUGUAUAUUAGGAGACCAUUUA